UUUAAUGCACCGUGUAAACAACAACAACAACAACUACUGAAAAAAUCUGAAAUCUUGACCUAGUCCUACAAUAAUUUCUUUUAAGAAUGGCAAGUGGAUUUGAUUUGGUAGAUAUCAAAAAGGCUUUAUUUACGUCUCCAUGUGUUAAUGCGAACGAAACAACAGAUAUGAAUGCUACCACAUUUAACAAUCGACUUCAGAUUGAACAUGAAACAGAUGACCAGUAUAAAAAGUCCCAGAAAGAUGCUCAUGAGAAAAGGAUGAAAAAGUUCAGGAAAAUGGCUAAACAAUUAGAGGAAGAUGAUUGGUUAUAUCCACCUGUAGAGAAGCUGAUAGGUUUAAAGUGAUAUACUCUGACAUAACUCGUAUAAUGUCACGAUUUACCAGAAUAAAGACUGGUAAAAAAUGGUGAUCUAUUAGCUGAAAUGCAAAUGUUGGAUAGACAGUGACUCAGAAUCACAGCAGGGGAAGUGCUACAACAAGCAAUUGAUAAAAUUUAAUCAGGAUUCAGUUGGUUGUUAUUCAUUUGAAUAAACUGUAUAUAUUAUGUCGUUAAUAACAUAUUUUAGGCAUUUCCUGUUUUGGGUAUUUAAAUGUUAACCUCAGAAGGGAUGCUGACAACAAGAACAACAGCAACAACAACAACAACACUUAAACCUAAUCAAUAUUGUGACUUUGAGACUAGCUACUUAGCAAACAAAUCUAUCAUUAGCUGGUUUCGGGAGAACAAAAAUCAAGUGAAGACUGGGGAAUUUGAAAUAAAUAUUAUUAACAUACAACAGAAGUUAUUAGUUUAAAACAUGUGCUAUUUCUUAUCAACAUACAACAUGUUAUUAGUUUAAAACAUGUGCUAUUUCUUAUCAACAUACAACAUGUUAAUAGUUUAAAACAUGUGCUAUUUCUUAUCAACAUACAACACGUUAUUAGUUUAAAACAUGUGCUAUUUCUUAUCAACAUACAACAUAAGUUAUUAGUUCAAAACAUGUGCUAUUUCUUAUCAACAUACAACAAAGGUAAUUAGUUUAAAACAUGUGAAAGUGAAGCUUUCAUUUUUGUGCGAUUAAUAGAUCUAAGUAACUAUUUAAGUGGGUGGAUUAAUGGCCACCUAAAUAUUCUUAUAAAAGCUAUGACCGGACAAAAUUAUUUCAAAUUUUAAUGUUUUGACCUGUGUACAUUUUGUUUCAGAAUAAUUAUUGAUUAUUGCUACCAUGUUUACAAUUCAAAUACUAGUGUAUAUAUAAAUGAUAUGAAAAUCCAAAACAUUAUAAUUGCAUUGUUCAAAUAAGCUGACAAAUGCUUUUAAUUCAUUUAAUGAAGAAAUACUCAAGUCAUUUGACCCAUUGCGAUAAUAAUAAUAAAACACUGGCUAUGAUCCCAGACUGGAAUAUCUAGCACUCCGGUAACUGUGUAGCAAAAAAUCAGAGCAGAGCUUCGUUACCGAUGUAAACAGUUACCCUCGAGCUAGAUAUUCCGGUCUGUACCGGCAGCCGGUGUAAGAUCCUUAUAUACAUUGUACUCAAAUGUUUUAGCCGAAAUGUAGUUAAGUUCAAAGCAGAGCUGACAUUACUCACAUUCAGCACAGUACUGUAAUGGUUGUCAAACUGUCAGAAUUCUUUUUAAAAAACGAAAAGAAAAAAAAUCUUGUUACUCCAUAUAUAUAAGAAUCUUACAAUGGCUGCCAGGGCCUGGCUUACAAGGGGGUGUAAGACAAGUUUUUCAUGCACUGGGGAAAAUGAGAGAAUUCUUUUCAGAAUAUCAUUAAUUUGUAAUAUGCAAGAAAAAGAAUCAAAUUGGGCAGAGCCUAGUUACCACGGUAAACAGUUACCCUGGAGCUAGAUAUUCCAGUCUGUACCGGCAGCCGGUAUAAGAUUCUUAUAAACCUAGCUUUGGCAUGUCAAAAUAUUUUGACUACUUCCCCUCUCUGAAGCUGUGGUCAUAUUGAAGACAAUCACCUCUUUUUUCUUGUUUGCCUGCACUACAUACAGAGAAGUAAUACACUUUUUCAUACAGUAACGCCAAAAUGCUGCAUCGAAUCUCUUUUUAAAUGGAGAUAUCAUCGCCUUAGUGCCAUAAUGGAAUAAGUACUAAAUUUAAUAGCAGUUAAUCAAUUAUUGCACUAAGGGGACGAUAUGUCAAAAGAUAAUCUAUCUAACAUUGCGAUAUUAAUACUGCCAUAUUCGAUGCAAUAUUUAAUUUAUUAAUAGCAAUGGGGGGUUUUAAUAGAUAUAUUUCUUUACUAUUGAACUUUUAACAAUAUUCUUCUUCUGACUUACCAAAGCUAUGUCUCCUCUUUGAUCUAUUAUUGUUUGUCUGGUAUUCAGUAAGUUUUUCUUUUUUAGAUUUAUUUCUUGUCUGCUGGCUUUAGCUAAUUUCUGUAUUUUUGUUUAAUUUGCUUUUAAACUGCCAGUAACACAUAUUAAAAUGAAUUCAUUAUUUCUUUUUCUUUAUAUUCAACUGAUAUUUGUCUUUUUAUCAGUGCAUUUGUACUUACUUCUAAAUUGCUUUUAUUUAAAUGUUUACCUUUAUACAAUAUUGCUUUUCUUUAUAAUUGAAAUAAGAACAAAACCCCAAACUAUUCUGCCAUAUAUGUAUGUGUAAAUACUAUUUGUUAUACAUGAAGAGGAACUAUAUAUGUUCUCUAUUUCUUAUCCCUUUCAGUUAUAUGUGAUAAUUGUUUGAAUGUAUAAAAUGUAAAAAUUGAUGAAAUAUUGAAAUAAAUAUGUAUUAAUAACCAAAACAAUUUUGCAUGAAUAUGUUGCUUUCAUUUUUUUUCAUUGGCCUUAUUUAUUUCAAUAUUUAUGUUAUAAAUGAUAGAUUAUAUUAAGUCAUAAAGUUUCUUGAGACAAUUUUAUGUAUUUUAUUCAUCUCCAGUUUUAUUUUGAUAAAAGUCUUAAAAAUAA